CGCUGCUUGAGCCACAUUGCAUGGUUAUAAUUACAACUUAUAAAGGAUGUUUUGUAUGACAAAAUUAUACCUUAACCAUUUUAAAUGCAAAAGUAAAUGUAUGCGCUGAUUUAGGGACAACUAGGUCUGGCAAUAGCUAUAACGUUAGGCAGCUGUCAUUAUGUACUUUGGCCAGCCGUCACUUGUCUGUUGAGGGAGAGUCGAGGUGUACACAAGAACAUAUUUGAAUGCAAGAUCAUGACUGAGGAGGCUUUUGAUGUGAUGGUGGUUGGCUCCUGUAUGACUGACUUGGUGAGCCAGGCACCAAGGCUACCCAAAGCCGGGGAAACCAUCCAUGGUCACAAGUUCUUCAUUGGCUUUGGAGGGAAAGGGGCCAACCAGUGCAUACAGGCUGCAAAACUGGGGGCCAAAACCGCUAUGGUCUGCAAGGUUGGUAAAGACUUCUUUGGAGACAAUUACAUUCAGAACUUCAAGGACCAUGGGGUACACACAGACUUUGUAGGGCAGACCUCUGACGCAGCCACAGGAGCUGCCUCCAUCAUUGUCAACGAUGCAGGUGAGAAUGCCAUUGUGAUCGUGGCCGGUGCCAACAUGCUGCUGAGCAGUGAGGAGCUGCAGAAAGCUCUUCCAGCCAUCAGUCAUGCAAAAGUUCUGGUGUGCCAGCUGGAGGUCAGCCCGCAGACAUCCUUGCAGGCACUACGCAUGGCUCAGGAAAACAAAGUGAAGACAAUAUUCAACCCAGCACCGGCCAUUCCUGACUUGGAUAAAGAUUUCUACAGAGCCUCUGAUGUGUUUUGCUGUAAUGAGUCUGAGGCUGAGCUGCUGACUGGUUCCUCAGUGACGGAUGUGGAGGAAGCGCAUGCGGCCGGUCAGGAGCUGCUGAAGAGAGGCUGUGGGUCAGUCAUCAUCACUUUGGGAUCCCAAGGGUGUGUGGUUCUCAAGGCACAGGAGCCUGCAGCAAAGAAACAUGUUCAAACUGCUGCAGUCACAACAGUGGAUACUACGGGUGCUGGAGACAGCUUUAUUGGAGCACUGGCAUUUUACAUGGCUCAUUAUCCCACAAUGCCUCUGGAGGAGAUAGCCCGCAGAGCCAAUCAGGUGGCAGGAUUGAGUGUGCAGGCUGUUGGCACGCAGACGUCUUACCCCUUCAAAAAGGACCUGCCGGCUGAGAUGUUCUAAGAGCAGCAAAUCAACAAGUAGACACCAGUAUUAAUGGACCAUUGCUGGAAUAGUCUUAGCGACACAACUGUCAAAUGAAAUGAACAGCUUUUGAGAAAUCCGAGAAUGAACAAUGUCAUGAAAAUACUGAUAACAAUUUAACCAUUUAAUGUUCUUUUACUAUAAACUUGUUCAUGAUAAUUUCAUCGUCAAUAGAAGGUUUAUUUGAAUAGUGCCUAUGUGAUGACACAUCCCCUCUAAUUGACAAACACGUCUUAAAGCUGCGCUAUUAUUUGCCAAUUUCUUCGCAGGUUUCUCUAUAGACCUCCCCCAACAGCUUCAGAGGAGACAUUGGGCAGCUCCUAUGUUUACUUGUGUCUGAUUCCUCUUUCUCUGUUUUACCAACAAUGCUUUCCUAAGUUUGUUUGUUUGUUCCCGGCUCAGCCAUUACGAUAGUGUGAAAAACUCCAUUACUACCUCGUUAGCCGGUUCCUGAAUGGGCGUAUGUGUGCAGUGGCGUGAAGCAAUUUGUUAAAUUGCGAGACCUAAUGUCACGUAAUACUUCCCAACGCUGAGUCCGGCAGCCAAAAGUUGCAAGGGUGUUUUUUUCCACUCACAGGUGCUAGGGGGGAGCGAGACGAACGCCACUCAACUAUAAAAAAUAAAAAAGUCACAACCAUUCCAAUAAUUCCAAAGCUGUUAAGUUAAGCUAAAA